UUGUGAACAUUGGGGUUUUUAGCCAGAAUUGUGUGAAUACACCACCACCAAAACCAAAUACGAUUGUUGGAUAUUAUCCGGCUUAUAAAUAUAAUUUGAAACAGGAUGAUUUUAGUAAACUUAUCAAUUCGUCAAUUACUUACUUAAACUAUAUUGCUUUUGGCCCAACUGAUCUUACUAAGGGCACUGGGCCAUUGACGGUGUUUCUUAAUCAGUAUGAAAAAUUUCAACCAUUGAGAGAUUAUAAAGCUAGAAAUCCUAAUCUGAAUUUUAAAUUAAUACUUUCCGUCUUGUUACCUACUAAUGACGACUUAACAAAAAUCCCCCCGUUCUCUAAUGUUACAACUAAGGCUUAUAAUCAAAAUAAUCAAUUUGUUAGUGAUUUAGUUAGUAUUGUUAACGACAAUGGUUUUGAUGGU